UGUUACAACUGUAGUAGCCUAGUCAGUUGAAUUCGCCUGUGGAUAUAGCCUACGUUCGACAUGCGAAAAGAGCGACUUCUUGACUAACUAGAACAAUAAUAGCUACUGGCUUUCUUAUUUCAUAUUUGCAAUUUACUUUACUUUUGGGAUCAUGUGCCUGCGUAUCUUACCAAGAGAAAGUUGUUCUUGGGCUACCUAGUGUGCACAACUGCGCUUGCCAGGUGUCGGGAAGAGGAGUCAUCAUUUGGACCUGAAGUUCUGGAUUCUUGCACGAACUUUUGGAUUGAUUGAGAUUCAAAGGGUAGUUUGCCAUUGGCCCUGAGUGAGCUCCAUCCCUCUCCUGUCUGGAAGCCUAUGGAGAGGAGAGCGUCCUGCAUGGUCUUAUCCUCACGCAACUUCGGGUUCGAGUCGUUUUACCAUCUUACCCCCUGACCCAGACAGUGUGAAUGUUGACUUCACAACCAGGAUAAUAGAAAACGACCAACUUUCCCCAAUUUGAAUGCCUUUGCAAGGGUUUUGCUGGUUUUUGUGCUGCAGGCAGGGCUUUAAUUUGCUCGGACGGGACUAUGGGGAGAAAGAAGAGGAAGAAUCUUUUGAAUUGCGCAACAAAGACGACUUGACUUCCACCAAUGGACGGGGCCCUCACGAUGUGAUUCUUGCUCAGCCCGCGCGCACAAGCAAUGGCACGAAUGGGCAUAGUGUGUCAGAGCUUCCUGAAGAGAUGAAGAGUCUGAUCAUAGAGAAGAGUAAGAUGGGCUUGGAUGAAGACCCAGAGCUGCUGGUCAAAGGUUGGCUGUUCAGAGAGGUGCAUGGUGGCUGGAUCAAGCAGAGGCGCUACUGGUUCGUGCUGAGCCAGGACUCGCUAGACUACUACAGCAGUGCAGAGAGAGGAGCCCGCAGACUGGGCACCCUGGUACUGACUAACCUCUGCUCUGUCAUCUGGCCCGACAAAAAGACCUACAAGGAAACUGGGUUCUGGAGCAUCACGGUGUAUGGGCGGAAGCACUGCUACCGACUCUACACCAAGCACUUCAACGAAGCCGUGCACUGGGCCUGUGCCGUCCAGAAGGUCAUAGACACCAAAGCUCCUGUGGAAACCCCCACCCAGCUCUUGAUCCGAGACAUAGAGGAAAACAAGUUUAACCCUGAGGUGGUGGAGAACAUCUACCAGCACAACCCCAUCUUGAAGUACACCCAGAGCCCCCUGUACGCGCCCCUGCUGCCCUUCUCCUUCGGCAGCCUGGAGCACACCUACCACAGCGGGAAGGGCUACGCCUCGGUGCGCGAGGAGGCCGUCAAGCUCUUCAACUGCCUGCAGCAGCUGGAGUCGGCCAGGGAGCCCGUCCCCAUCAUCCAGGGCGUGCUGCAGACCUGCCUGGACCUGCGGCCGCUCCGCGACGAGGUCUACUGCCAGCUGGUGAAGCAGACGAGCGGCACGCCCGCCCCGCAGACGCUGGCUCACCUGCGCUACUGGCAGCUCCUCACCUGCAUGAGCUGCACCUUCCUACCCGGCCCCGCCGUGCUCAAGUACCUGCGCUUCCACCUCAAGAGGAUCCAGAGCCAGAGUCCUGAGUCCGAGAUGGACAACUACGCGUCGUUCAUCGUGGAGGCCCUGGAGAAGACCAGGUGUCGGGAGCGUGUGCCGUCCUGGGAGGAGAUCCAGGUGCUGAUGGGGCGUCAGGAGAUGCCCUGUGUGGUCCACUACCCCGGGCCGGGCUCCUGCCAGCUCUACAUCAGCUCCCACACCACCGCCAGCGAGGUGGUGCGGAGGAUGCAGGAGAAGUUAGGCCUGCAGGAGAGCAGAAACACGUUUUCCUUGUUUGAGCAGACCUCCCUGUGGGAGAGGCCCAUAGCGGGAAGCACCAUCAUCGCCGACAUCCUGACCAGGUUUGAAAACCUCUCAGCUAAAGAGCCAGAACAGGAGUUACAGUGGAAACUCUGCUUCAAGCUCUACUGCCUGCUGGAUGCAGACAGCAUAGCUGAGGACAGCAUCGAGUACUUCUUCCUCUUUGAGCAGUGCCAUGAGAUGGUGGUGCGGGGUCAACUUCCCGCCUGCGAGGAGGACCUGCAGGCCUUGGCCGCUCUCAGGCUGCAGUCUGUCAUCGGGAACUUCAGCACCCUCUCCCCCUGCCCGCCUCUGGACGAACUCUUCCCCGGCGAUAUGGUGGAGGCCCGGGUCAUCAUGUCCCUCACGGCCCCCCCGGCCCUCCCCCCCGGCCAGCCUCCAGCCCAGGGCUGCCCCCAGUCCCAGCGCUUCCCCGGAGGCCUCCUGGCGGGGGCGCUGUGGAGCCACACGGCCACCUCGGCCCACAAGCAGAGGGUGGAGCAGGACCUGAGGCUGCGCAGCCGUCUGAAGGAGGAGGCUGCGGCCAUCAUGAGCUCCGUGGUGGAGCGCUGGAAGGGCCUGGCGGGGUACAGCCGCGGGGACAGCAUGGCCGCGUACCUCAACAUCGCCCGCCAGUGGUCAGGGUUUGGAUGCACUCUCUACGAGGUGGAUUUCUACAUCAGCUCGACCGGAAGCUUCUCUCAGAAGCUGUGGCUGGGCGUGGCCGCUACCUCGGUGUCUCUGUAUAAGCAGGGGGAGGCCGAGGCUCUGGAGUCUUUCCCCUACGGUCAGAUCUGCUCCUACGGCGUCUCCGACAGCAACACCUUCAAGAUCACCGCCGGCGACCGCGACCUACUGUUUGAAACCACCAAGCUGACUGAGAUCAUGCAGCUGAUGAAUGCCUAUUUCAGUGUCCUCCGUCGCCGGCGGGGGAAGGGCGACGACGUGGGCAUCACCGAGGGCACAGAGGUCGGGUUCCGCCGCCUCACGGCGACGCCGGCCCCCACGCUGAUGGAGCUGCCCUCACACCCCGUGUGAGGAGCCCCCCCCCCCCCCGAGUCCGCUCCUGUCACCACACACAGCCCCCUGGAAGCCAGGAGCCCCCCCCCCCUGGCCCCCAGGACCCCGCACCUCCUCCACUGGGAGCAGCUCGGCAGCCAAAACAAAGACAGGGCUGUUUUCACUCCCCAUCCGUGAAAAUAAACCUCCCUUAGCGUUCCAAAUGAAGGAGCAGGGAGAGGAGGGGAGGACUAGAGGGAAAGGGGGGCGGGGGGGGACUGAGCCUGACUGUAAAGUGAGGCAAGAAACCACAGAAGCCAAUUUGGUUCCCAAUCCAACCCCCAGUCCGCCCCCCUCUCAUCCUGUCACGCAACCUCCAUUACCACCCUCCCAGCCAUGUGAGACAUGGACCCCCAAACGCUCCUCUGACGGCCUGUUGCACAGACUGUGGCGGAAGGGGAGACGUCGUUGACCACGCGCUGUGCUUACCCCUAGGAAGGGAGGCAAGGGAGGAGAGGGGAGAGCUCUCGCGGUGCCAGUCUCUCUACCGCACUCUCUCCCUCUCUCUCUCUAUGCUAGGUGUGCCUACAUGUGCUCUGUUCUUAUUCGAGGGUGAUCCCUCAUGCACUGCUGGAAUAGUGACACACAUACACACACACACACGCACACACACACAAGAGGGUUGGUUUUCAUAAGACCCCAGCCGGGCUUGCAUUACCUGGAACUGUUGAUGCAGCAAGGCGUGUGAACUUGAACUGGAAACAGAUGUUGAGCUCUGGAAGUCACUUUGGCUGUCACGGCUCCGGACAGAUGCCCCUCCCUCCCUCCCUCGCUUGCUCGCUCCCGCCUCGCGCUCCCUUCCUCUGGGAUUAUCAGUAGCGUGUGAUAGAGGAUGGGAUUUCUUGGAGGAGACCCUGAGGAUCCGGGAUAACGUCUGUGUCUGUGUUUUUUACCAAAUGCUCUGAUUUAUUCCUGGUGGUGCUGCUUGUAAUCCUCCACAUGAAACUGCCUCUCGACUUUGGCUAACACUCGAUUGGAACACUGCGUACGUGAGUGUGUGUUUUAUAGGGUUCUGAUCCCAAUCUAUAUCCAUCAUGACAAAUGAGAUAUCGUCCCCCAGUGCCCAGUCUUGGGGAGGUAGUCAGUUUAGGAACUUGGCGUGCUGUUAAGUAGGGCCCAUCCCCCCCCCCCCUUCCCAGUAGCGCCCCCCCAGCCCCCAGUCAGUAAUCUGUUACUAGUGGUUGAUACUCAUUCACAGCCCAGUCUUCCCUUCCCCUGCUGUUGGUGUAGAACCAACACUGGUUUGACCAUUGAUGCUUUUGUUAGUAUUAUUUAUGUUUCAAGUACACCUUGCGACAUAUUGUGUUUUUUUUGUAGUUUUUUUAUCAUGUCUUAAUUGAGGACCUAGCAUAUUUUUAAGGGUUGCUUUUAAUGAUCACGACUCACGCCUGAGAAUGCCUGUGGUUCAUCCAUUGGGUAUAAACUAUCGUGGGCUAAGAUGUGAGUAUCUCAGCCUGACUGCUACUGAACUACAGAUGGCCUCUGUGUUCACUUCCCUGGUGUGUGACUUUUGAAUUGACAAGUGUUGCAAAGUCAUGUGUUUGAGCAUGGACCAAAGAUAACAUUUUGUUUUUAUAAGCUUUUUAUAUAGAAAUAAACACAACAACUCCUUCCCCUAGACCCUAUUUUCUAGUCACAUUCGUAUUUUUCCCGCCAUGGUUUGAGUUGUAAUUUGUCACAAAUGCCAAAGUCUCUUAAAAUAUAUGGAACUUUUAUGAAUUGAACGAUAUGCCUCUGGGUUUAGUAAGACGAGAUGUGUUGGGUCAGGCCGAGCAUGUCCCUUGAUCAGUCUACCCCCUCCAGCCUCUAUGCAUUUUACCACAGCAAACUCCCUCACCGUUCUCUCUGGGGAGGCCUUGCACAGCCAGCUCUGCCUCGUGGAGGCAGCCAGGUUCUGCCUGGUGGAGGCAGCCAGCCACUGCCUCGUGUAGGCAGCCAGGCACUGCCUCACAAGCAGGGGCCAACUGUCGCUUUUUCUACUGCAGCUGCAGGCAGCUCUGAGCUCCAUGCAGCAAUGACAUAGAAGAUAUUCAACUACAGAUGUUGCUUUGUUUUAAGCUUGUUUUUACUCUGCAUGGUACCUGUGUGUGUGUAUAGUUAAUUGCACUAUUGUUUGUCAAACUAACUUGAAUGUGCAAUACAAAUCUAUAAAUACUGUAUGUAAUUAAUAAAAAGCAAAACCAUUG